AUGUCUGGGUUGAGGAGCAAAAUUAGAAGAUGAAUCAAAACAUGAAUUUAGACUCCAUUCAGAAACAAAUGGAAAAGACAGAGUUUUUUGGGAGCCAACCAACACAACCUGAUAAAUUAGAUAGAUGUUGGCAACCAGGUGACCAUCUGUUUCAUUCAAAUCUUCCAUCUCAAAGUUUCUACCCAAAUUCAUCUAAUUAUGCACAUAUGCAUACAAGUUACAGCAGUGAUUGGGAAAUUUUUGAAGCAGUAAAAAUUCAGGAACUGGAGGAAAUCAAAGCCAGAGCUGCCCAAAUGGAGAAGACCAUGCGCUGGUGGUCAGAUUGCACUGCUAAUUGGAGGGAGAAAUGGAGCAAAGUUAGAGGAGAAAGAAAUAAAGCACGAGAGGAAGCAAGACAAUUGAGAAUCAAACUAGACAGUGUCAUAAAAGAGCUAAGUGUGCUUAAAAAAAUAAAUCAAGAUUUAGUAAGUGAGAAGGAAAACUUAGAAAAUGGAACUGCUUGGAAAACAGAAUGCUGUUGCUCAGAAAUACCAUGUAUUAAAAAAGACCAAAGCCUGCUAAUGUUUCUGGAACCAGAACCACCAAAAGACAUAACCAAAAUCAUCAAAAUUCCUGGGGCAGAAGACACAAAGAAGGAUGUAAGCAAAGACCAAAGCAACGACAAUAAAAAAUUCGCCCCAAAUCCUCCUGAUUUCUUCCCCAAUGGACUUCCCAGCAUCUGUUUGGAGGAACCUAAAAUAAGUUUGGGCACUACAGCUAAGACAACAGAGAAUGAUUUAAUACAUGUGUCAGUCUUAAAUUUGCAUUUGGCUGAGAUGAGGAAAAUCUUACAGAAGGAAAGAGAAAUGAAUGUAUUUCUGGAGAAAGAAAUGGAAAAGAUGGAAAAUGAAUUAUUUCUUUGGAAAUGGAAAUAUGAAGAACUGAGACAAACCAAGCUGGAAAGCCUGAAACAGAUGGAAAGAAUGCAGUGUGAGAAUGCCUCUGAAUGGGGAAAGAGAGAGCGACUAGAAGAAAAAAAACAAAGUUUGGAAGAAGAGACCAGAAAACUCAAAAUGCAGAGUAAAGAGGCAGAAGAAAGUGAACACAGGAUUUGGGACCGGACAAAGUUCCUUGUCUGUUGCUGGAGAUUCUACCACAACAGUGAGUGAAGAUAUGGGAGAUCACCAAAAAGCCCUGCAGCAACAAGGCUAACAGCAAAGAGGAAAAGCAAACAGUAUUCAUAAAGACAUACAAGAAAGUUUCAUUGAAGAAGUGCAUGUCAGAUAUAUAUAGGAACGCUGUAUGCAUUGUUUCUAUGUAUUCCUGAUUUUUUAUAAGAACCAAGGAAAAUAUGCUAGAGUCAGGGUGCACGUUUCUAGAAGUUAUGUUGGCCAUUGUCAUUCCUUUCCAGUUAUAAUAACUGUUCUCUUAAGCAAAAGGUGGACAUAAUUAAAAUGUCCCAUAUUUUACCUUUGGGAAAAAGGACUUUAAAAUGUGCAUGGUCUAUGGGAGAGGUUCACAUUCUGUCCUGGGAAGACGUUGAGUCCGAAAUGGAAGUCAGUGGUUUGUUUCUUGCUUUGCUUGUGUGUUUUACUUUCAUACAGCAGCAGAAAAAAAUAUCUGUAUCACAGGACCCUCAAUUCUUCCAGGGUGACAUGUGUAUUACACUUUCAUUAAAAAAAAAGAAGAAAAAAUAUUUUAUAUUAAAUACCCCAAAAUUAUCACAUAUACAUUUAGAUUAAAGAAAUAUCCUUUCCUUAUGUGUUUCUUAUACUCAUCACAUAACAAAAUUAAUGCAUCUCAAAUUUACCUUAUUGUCUACGUAUCACAUUUUAAAUUAAAUUUUACUUUAUUAAUUGCCCAUGAAAAAAAUUGUAAAUGUCACGCAGGGAGUAACAUAAAUAAGAUAAACUGGAAAAGCAGAUUUUGAGAACAUUAGAAAAUUCACAAUUUAUAAAAACAUCAGCCACUUUCAGCCAUCAAGGGAGACAUAAAUUAUAAUUUUGUUUGCCAUGUGCAAUUGAUAAUGAAUAUCUUUAGAUUCUAUUUCAUAAGGAUUGCUGUAAUUGCUCAGCAAUAUGUUUGUUUCAUUCCUUAUAUCACUCUAAACAGAAAACAUAUCUGAGAGCUCAAAUUGUAUUUAAAGCUAUGUCCUUUCUAAGAGGAGGUUGUUAGAUCUCUUGAUUUCUUUUGUAACCUAGGACCAUACAAGAAGUGAAAAGCAUUAAAGAUUAUUGAUUACACAGGAAGCACAUUUUUCCCAGGAUUCUCUGAGCUGCAGAUGCUUGGAAGCUGGGAACAAAAUAUUCUUAUCACCCUCUCUGAGCUUUAGGCUGCUGCUGGAGAUGGGAUGCCAGAGCAGAAGUAUCUAUGUUUUGACUACCUUUAUACAUUCUUAACCAUCUUUCAUGUUUGUAAUGCUGAACUAAUUUCAGCUACUACCCCUCAGUACAUGCUAAGGAUACAAUGAGGUUUCGUUGCCACAAAGCUGAUUCACAAGUUGAUCAACAAGGUACAGAGAUACUGUGAGACAAUUUAUUUUUAAAUGGAGUUUAAACAUGUAAUACUUACAAGA